UGUCAUACUUCACCGGACCAGCAGGAGCGCGGUCUCCAUGGAAACAUAGCCAUCGGGGGGCGAUAGACGAAGAAGAACUGCGUCAUCUUCCCGGAAGUGAGAACAGAGUGACUCCUCGGCAGGCUAACAAGUGUUAGCAGAGCUUCAGUAUGAGCCGAGGAGGUGAACAGAGAUGCAACGAAGCAGCUGGAAAACCCAGAGAGCAGGAGGAGAAGGAGGACGACUUCUACGACUGUCAGGAGACCCUGGAGCCUCCAGACCCCAGAGAGGAGGAGGAGGAGAAGCAGGGAGACAAGCGGGAGGAGGAGGAGACCCGUCAGGAUGGAGGACGGUCUGAAUACUGUGACGCUAAAAAUGAGACAAUAACAAACACAGAGACUGAGACCAGAGGAGGAGGAGGACAUCAGGAGGAGCAGGGAGACAGGCUGCAGGAGGAUUCAGAUUCAGAGAUGAAGGAGGAGAAGAGCCCAGAGGUGGAGUUUGAUGACGACUACCUGAGGGAGGUGGAGAAGGAGCUGACAGACGAGGAGAAGGAGAAUCAACGGCAGCAGAGUUUAACUCUGAAGGAAAAAGGAAACAGUCAGUUUAAAGCUGGAGACUGGUCGGCGGCGGAGCGCAGCUACACGGAGGCUUUGGUUUUAUGUCCAGUUUGUUUCAGCAGAGAGCGAGCCGUGCUGUUCUCCAACAGAGCUGCUGCAAGACUGCACCUGGAUCUGAAGGAUCAGGCAAUCUCAGAUUGUACCAGAGCAAUAGAACUGAAUCCAGACUAUGUGCGGGCAUUGCUGCGGAGGGCAGAGCUUUAUGAGCAGACAGAAAAGCUGGACGAGGCUCUGGAGGACUACAAGAAGGUUCUGGACCAAGACCCAAACCAGACCAUAGCCAAGCAGGCCUGCAUGAGGUUACCUCAGCAGAUUCAGGAGAGGAAUGAGAAAUUGAAGGAGGAGAUGAUAAGUAAGCUGAAAGACCUGGGGAACAUGAUCCUGAGGCCGUUUGGACUCUCGACCAGAAACUUCCAGGUGAAUCAGGACCAGAACACCGGCUCCUACUCCAUCAACUUCGUCCAGAACCCAAACAACAACAACAGAUGACAUCACAGCGAUGACAUCACCGCGGACAGUGAUGAUGUCACAGCAGCAUGUGGACGAACCUGUGUGUGUGUGUCAGAGUUUAAUAAAGUUUGAUUGAUGA